ACCCGCUACAGUCGCUACAGUCGCUUCAGUUGUUUUUUCAAUUUGCACGUGUGCUGCAGUGUUUCGACAUCAACAAGUUGUGUGAUUGUGUUAAAAAUGGUUGUGGGUUCGUUCGUGCCUCCGAGAUCAAGCCGAUUCGGCUGAUAACUCCCACAUACAUAAUUUUCAUCCACCAGUGCAACGGUUCAGCGCAAGGAUCGAUCAUAGCCACAGAACACCUAACCAGUUCAUAGCACGGGCCAAGAGAACCUCGGAGCAUGCUGCUUCGCAUGACGGGCUGUUCGUCAGACGAGCUCCGUCAAGCCGCGUUCGGUGAUAGUUCGCGACCAUAUAAGCGUUAGCGAUCAUGCCUGUUCGCCGCGACGUACUUCGAAAGCAGGCGCGCGAGGGCAUCUGCUACGGCGUGUGGGUGACCGCGGGCACGGCGCUCGGCUUGGGACUGUUGCAGGCGCAGGUGCGAUACUAUGGGGACAGAUCGGUGCCCAUGCUCGUGGCACUCGCCGCGGUGCUCGAGGUCACCGGCUGCAGCUGGAUUCGACUCUUCGGCAGCCACUCAUCGUCUUCGCACAACUACGGCCAACGGGGCAGAGUCGCACGCUCCGUGUUUAAGGCCGUAGCCAGCGUCCUCCUGAGCAUCGUGUUCUUCCACGUCUUGGCCGUACUGUUCGGCGCUCCGUUGUUUGAAGACAGCCAACAGACACUCUGGUUUGGUGUGCACAUGACUGUGGUGACUAUCUUACCACUGAUACUAUCGAGAGGCCACACAAGCUUGGGGGCCUUCCAGAGGACAAUUGUUGACCAAAAGUUCUGUGAGGUGCCAUUGGACUGUGUUCAGCGAUGGGGCAGCCGCGGCGCCCUGUUCGGUGCCUGGAUUGGGGCUGUAGCCCUGGUGCUGGACUGGGACCGUCCCUGGCAGCAAUGGCCGACACCCUGUGUCGUCGGCUCCCUUCUGUUCCGCGGCCCCGCCCUUAUGGCCGCUGGUUGCAUCAUGGCGAGCCAGUGAAACAAUGCUCAGAUUCCUUAUGGACCACUAGCGGCUCUACUAGUUUGAACUGCCAUCCCUUAACCAGCAACCAACUGCUAGUCACGUCUUGGUGAAGCGGCAAGGACAUAUUUCAUAGCCAUAGUCUUGUUAUCUCAUCAGGGUCACCUGUUCAUAUAUUUAUAAUUGUCUGCUGACCAUAUCAUUAUUUGCAGAUUGUUACAUAACAUGUAUGUGCAGUAAAGUUGAUCUUUCGGCGA